CUUCCUGGGGGUGAGAAUAGUGCCUGGAAGAGAAAACCCAUCUGAAACCCUCCCCCUGCCCUGUGGGAAUGGGCCCCAGCACAUGAGGGACAAGGGUGCCAAGAGUGUGUGUGGCAGGAACCACUGACCUUCGAGGACAUCGCCCUCUACCUGAGCCGCACGGAGUGGGACACCAUCACAGCAGGGCAGAGGGAGCUCUACUGCAGCGUCAUGAUGGACAACUACGGGCUCCUGACAUCCCUGGGUUACACAGGCCCCAAACCUGACAUUUUAUAUCGGAUGGAGCGUGGGGAAGAGCCAUGGGUCUGCUCGCCACAGAGCCCACCGAGGUGGAAAGGCCCUGACUGCCCCUCUCCAGGAUGUGCUGGGGCCAUGGGGUUGCUGAAGGCGCCUCCAUGGGGCUGGUGGCUUGGGGCUGGUGUGCCAGAGGAGAGGGCACAGUCCCCCUGCCAAGAGCACCAGACAGACAGAAGGGAAACUCCCACCAGCACAUGCUCAGAAGGAGGACAGAGCCUGCAGUGCCAUCUCCAGCCUGGAACACUCCUGAACAAGCUAGGAUGUCUCACGGGUCACAGCAAGGUGCAGGUGGAGGUGGCCAGCAGAGGAGUGGCGCCAGCGCAAAGCGAAAACCACGCACAGUCUGUUGUCUGGCCCAAGGAAGAAGCAUCAGAGGAUAAACAAGGGGUGACAGCAAACAUAGCACAAGGCAGAGAACUCGUACUUAAUUCCUGUGUGGAACAGCAGAACCGCAAAUCAUAUCCUCAGGAGCACCUUUAUGGUGACCCAAAGGAGCAGUGUCAGGGGAGCACCUAUGAAAGCUUCUGCCCCUCAGGAGAAGCUCCAUUCCUCCUGGGACCCAGGGAACUGUGUGCCAAGGAUGUGAUGGAGGCUAUCUGGAAGGACCACUGCUACUGUCGGGUGAGCAUGAUGCAGAUCCAGCACUUCGGCCUCGGGCCCUGUCCUCCCACAGACCACAGCUACUGCCAGCUGCAGAUGUCAAGUAGCACCGUGCUCGACGACCACGCAUACUGCCUCCCGCAGAGGACUUGUUUCAGGGCCAGGGUUCGUAACAUGGCUCGUCUGGGUGGCAAAGCUCGGGUUGCACUACAUAGGCUGACCACAUGGAGAGCCCAGGUCAGGCAGAUCAUCAGGAGAGCCAAACGGAUUAUGUGGCGCCGCAAUUCCCACAUCAGCAGGAGGCUGAGGGUUCCUUGGCGUGCCUCCAGCACCGGCAGUCCUGUGCCUGCUGUCCCUGAUGGCAAGGUGGAGUUAGUCCCCAUGGAGGGAAGGUGUGAAGCACUUGGUUCUCCUGCAGAGAGUGAGGCCACACUGCCCCUGUCUGAGAGCAGAAUCAGCUCUCCAGAAGUUCUUUGCACCCCUGUGGUAUCUCCUGCACUGCUGCCUGUGCUCCCACCCUCUGAGGUGGCUGCAGUGGAGAGUAGCCUGUCUGAGAGCAGAAUCAGCUCUCCAGAAGUUCUUUGCACCCCUGUGGUGGCUGCAGUGGAGAGUAACAAAGUGCUGCACCCUGAGGUGUCUGCACAUAGCGAGGAGCAGCCCAUCUGCAGCUCUGAUGUUAACCAGAGCACCAAAGGACAGGAACCUCCUCACUCAGAUCAGAUACCGCUGCAUGCUGCCUGCAGAACCUUGAUGCUGACGGUGGACCACGUAUUUGGAUCCGUGUGCCACAAGCUCGAGCUCAAGAGCUAUGUCUGGCAUGCGGAUACCUGUCCUUUCAUUAUCCUCAUGGACAGCUGA